AUGCAAAAGUUAGUUUUUAAGCAAUAUUGCAGGUUAACGAUUAGUUUUUAACUAAUAUCGCACUUUUUUCUGUCCAUUCUAUAAUAAAAAUGUAUGAAACAAUAUAAAAUAUCAGAAUUUAAAACAAUAAAAUAGCCAAUUCAUGAAUUACUAUAUAAAAACGUCACCAAACAUAAAAAUUUACGAGGAAAAAACUCCGAAUUUUAAAAAUAUUACCCGCUAAAAUAACGAAAUGUCAAGGCUUUCUAUUGGCUAGAGUUUGUUUUCGUGUCGGGACUAUACUGCAUCGUGAUAAUGACAGCUUUUUUGGAAAUGCCAGUGGCAAAACCAAAAAUCCACCUUUGUUUUUUCAAAAUUUUUAUUUCAUUUCAACAAAUUGUCUUGUUCAGAGUUCUCGCAAGGGUCAUUUAGGACUUUUUUUACCACAGGCUCACGUUCAGGUAUGUUUUGAAGGUUUUCAUGGGAUUCUAGAUAACAAUUCUUUGGUACAUUUGUGAAAAUGUUGUUUUUGCUUGACUUAUAUUGUUUCUUGUACUGCAUAAUUCAAACAAAACAUUGAUUUUGGUAGAACUUUGACAACUUUUUUUAUAAUUUGUAUAAAAUGUGUUGUUUUAGCUUCAUGUAAAACACUAUUAAUAUUGUUUUGGUUUCAGAAUGCAAUCUCACAACCUUAUUCACUUCGCUGUUCUCAUCUCGAUCUUUGGGUUGGCGAUUCAUGCAGCCACAAACACUACCUUUGCCCCAGUUACGACCACAACUGUUAAUACAACCGACGAAGGGAACUGCACCUCUUUCAAAGCCUGCUACUCCGAUGAUGAAUGUGGAGGUAAAGGAAAAUGUUUGGGCGUGUUUGUCGGCAAAUGCAACUGCGAUUCCUGUAUCAACUUUUUGUCCUGUAAAGACGAUUCAGCUUGCGGUGGACUUAAAGGAGCUUGCAAUGGAACUACUUCUCGCUGCAAUUGUGUUGAAGGUAAGAUAUUUUAUUAUUUUGUGGUGUUUUAGGUUAGAGGUCUUGUUGUUAAUGGUUGAAGUGUUUAACUUUAUGUUAUAAGAUGGGGUUUUUUUUGUUUGAAAGACUUGUGGAAAAAUUUGAUGUUUGAACUUUUUCUUGGUUAACAUAACUCUAAAAUACGGCUUUUUGAAAUGCUAUUAAGUUGAAAGUUAUUAUUUUGGAAAGUUUUUGUUGUUGUGUGAAACAGUGACUGAUAUUUGAUUUAUGUUUAUGUGAAAAUUAAAAUUAUUCUUUUUAGGAUUCCAAAAUAAUGGAUUCGAUACCUUCUUCGACGCUCUCCGCGGCUUGUGCAACACUAAGUCUUGUUCAGGUAACUCAACCACUGAAUGCUUCGGGCUCCCAUGCAAUUCUGGACGAUGUGUUUGCUAA